AUGAAGCGAGAGAAGAACGCCAGCUGGACGACGGAGGGGGAGGAAGAUCUGGUCUUGGUCAACGGGAACUGCAGCGACUCGGACCCUCCCCUCAAGGAGGAAGACCACACAGAUGCCAGCCAGGCGGAAAGUGUGACAUGCCACACAAAGAAGGAGGAGGAGGAGGAGACUGAUGACAUUCCCAAGCAAGGCUGGGAGGUCCCGUUGCGAGGAAGCGCCGGCUGGGAGAACAGCCUGAGACAGAAACCGCCGCCCCGGAUCGUCUUCCAGGCUGGGCCCGCCUCGCAGGACAGGAAGCCCAAAGACGACGUAGAAAGCAUAGAAGGUUUCAAGGAACGUCACAAAAUCAGGCACUCAAAGAGGCUUUCCGGAUUUAUCCAGAAAAACUACUCCGAAGAGGAGAUUUCCAAGCAGAAGGAGAACACCCAGGUCCCGAACGGCUGUGAAUACCGAACACUGAGAAAGAUGGAAGAAUAUCAGGACGGGAAAGGCUUUGGGUUCGGAGAGCUCGUCUGGGGCAAGAUCAAAGGCUUUUCUUGGUGGCCGGCCAUUGUGGUGUCCUGGAAGACCACCUCCAACCGCCAGGCGGCCCCCGGCAUGCGCUGGGUGAAAUGGUUUGGGGACGGAAAGUUUUCGGAGAUCUCCGCUGAGAAACUGGUGGGGCUGGUGAACUUCCAGGACCAUUUUAACCCCACCACCUUUCAGAAGUUGGUGUCCUACCGGCAAUCCAUUCUCCACGUUUUAGAGAUCGCCAGCAGCCGCGCUGGGAAGACCUUCUCCAGCGUCCCUGGGGAGUCCCUGGACGAGAAGCUGAAGCCGAUGCUGGAUUGGGCCACCCAGGGAUUCAAGCCCGCCGGAGAGAAGGGCCUACGGCCCCCCAAGACUUCAGAACGGAUGGUUUCUGAAGCCAAAAAUAACAAAAAGAGCUUGGAAGACAGCUGCCUGUCCUGUGGGAAGAAAAACCCGGUCACUUUCCACCCGCUGUUCGAAGGAGGACUCUGCCGGACCUGCCAGGUGAGUUGGGCACGGGGCGGGCAAGAUUGUGCGUUCACCUGGCAUCAGGAGGUGCCCAAAAUCUACCCUGCCAUCCCAGCUGCAAAACGGAAGGCCAUCCGCGUGCUGUCUCUCUUCGAUGGCAUCGCCACAGGUUACCUGGUCCUGCGGGAUCUGGGCAUCCAAGUGGAGAAAUACAUCGCUUCCGAGAUCUGCGAGGACUCCAUCUCGGUGGGGACUGUGCGGCAUGAAGGAAACAUCCGAUACGUGCAUGACGUGAGGAACAUAACCAAGAGACACAUUGACGAGUGGGGUCCCUUCGAUUUGGUGAUCGGCGGAAGCCCCUGCAACGACCUGUCCAUCGUCAACCCCGCCAGAAAAGGUUUGUAUGAAGGGACCGGCCGGCUGUUCUUCGAGUUCUACCACCUUCUGAAUUACACCCGCCCCAAGGUUGGGGAAGACCGUCCCUUCUUCUGGCUCUUCGAAAACGUGGUGUCCAUGCGGGUCAACGACAAGAGGGACAUCUCCCGUUUCCUGGAGUGCAACCCGGUGAUGAUCGAUGCCAUCAAGGUCUCUGCUGCGCACAGAGCCAGAUAUUUUUGGGGCAACCUGCCAGGGAUGAAGAGGCCUGUGGUGGCCUCGAAAGGAGACAAGCUGGAGCUUCAGGAUUGCCUGGAGUACAGUCGGACGGCCAAGAUUGACGAGUGGGGUCCCUUCGAUUUGGUGAUUGGCGGAAGCCCCUGCAACGACCUGUCCAUCGUCAACCCCGCCAGAAAAGGUUUGUAUGAAGGGACUGGCCGGCUUUUCUUCGAGUUCUACCACCUUCUGAAUUACACCCGCCCCAAGGUUGGGGAAGACCGUCCCUUCUUCUGGCUCUUUGAAAACGUGGUGUCCAUGCGGGUCAACGACAAGAGGGACAUCUCCCGGUUCCUGGAGUGCAACCCGGUGAUGAUCGAUGCCAUCAAGGUCUCUGCUGCGCACAGAGCCAGAUAUUUUUGGGGCAACCUGCCAGGGAUGAAGAGGCCUGUGGUGGCCUCGAAAGGAGACAAGCUGGAGCUUCAGGAUUGCCUGGAGUACAGUCGGACGGCCAAG